CUGUGUACAACUGGCGAGGGGACACGCGUUAUGGACUACCCUUGGAAAUCGGAGAAACCGUGCAGAUUCUGGAGGAGUGCGCGGGUUGGUACAGAGGCUUCUCGACCAAGAAUCGCGCGGUGAAGGGGAUCUUCCCGAGCACGUACGUGCAUCUGAAGCCCUGCAAGAUCGACAAUGAAGGCCUCUUCGAGUCCGUCAUUCCGUUGGAGGAUCCGGUGGUACGGGAAGUCACCCUGGUUCUGCGAGAAUGGGGUGGCAUUUGGAAGAGGCUGUAUGUGGAGCGCGAGGAGUACAAAUUCAACGCAUUGCGCAAAGUGAUGCGAGAGCUGCUGGAAUGGCGACGGCAACUUUUGGCCGGCACCCUCACCACGGAUCAGACUCGGGAGCUGAAACUACGGAUAAUCAAUAAAGUGGAUUGGGGGAAUCGAAAGCUCGGUUUGGACCUGGUGCCACGUCAAGGUGCUCAUAUGGUGGAACCGGAUACCAUGUCCGUCGUGGAGUUAUACCAUGUGCAUGUGCAAAGCGCCGAGAACUCGCAGGGCGCGUCAGCUCGGGGGACUUUGCGCCGCAAGGAACACAAGAAGGUCCUUACCCAUCACUUGUACUUCUGCAUGAGAGACUUUGGCCACUCGGUCGGCGAGGACACCGAGAUCUACUUCUCCCUGUUCGAUGCCAAGCGGCAACAGUACCUGAGCGAGCGCUUCCUGGUGCGCAUCAGCAAGGAGGGCUUCUCCAAUUACGUGGAGAAGAUGCAUAGCAACUGCACCAUCUUCACGGAUCUGGGCAACUCCGAUCUGAGCCGCGAUCUCUACAUGAUCGCUCACGUGAUGCGCUGCGGCCGGAUGUUGUAUUCCGAUUCCGGCAAGAACAAGACCGGAACCGCGAUCUAUCGACGACCUCACGGGGUGGCGGUGCUUUCCCUGGCGGAGGCUGCGCAGGAUCACGCGGAGGAACUCGAGAUGACUUUCAAAGUAUAUCAAGGGGAAGAGAAAGAGUUUCAUCAGUUGCACGAACAAAUCAUACGUAAUAAUAAGUGUUCUCCCUUACCUGGACAGCCCAAUUACGGAAUAGUCGUGUCUCUUCGUAUCUUGCACGGAGAAUUGUCUCAAGUUCGGGACGAGAACCCGUUACUAUUCAAAAAUAUCUGCCUCACGAAGAAGCUCGGUUUUUCGGACGUCAUUAUGCCGGGCGAUGUUCGUAAUGAUUUGUAUCUGAAAUUGGAACGAGGAGAAUUUGAACGGGGCGGAAAGUCUACCGGCAAGAAUAUCGAGGUGACAAUCCUGGUCCUGGAUGCGGACGGUCAACCCUUGGAGGAGUGUUUAUUUGGGGCCGCAGGUAUGGACGGUAGCUCUGAAUAUCAGAGUUUGGUCAUAUAUCAUCACAACAGUCCAUCGUGGGCAGAAACUGUAAGACUAGCGAUACCCAUUGACAAGUUCUACGGAAGCCACGUGCGUUUCGAAUUUCGACAUUGUUCCACACGCGAAAAGAAUGACAAGAAGCUCUUUGCUUUUGCGUUCGUCCGGUUGAUGGAACCCGGAGGUGCUACUCUUCAGGAUGGUCCGCACGAGUUGUAUAUUUACAAAUGCGAGGAGCGCGCGAAGUUGGAUUCGUUGGCUUAUCUGUCAUUGCCGAGUAGCUCGCGAGAACCGAGUGCCUCAGGUCCACCAGCCUUCUCCAGAUCGCCCAAGGAAACUGUGUUUGUGCACACUUUGCUCUGCAGCACUAAACUAACGCAAAAUGUCGAUUUACUUAGUCUGCUGCAAUGGAAGGCGCAUCCUGAACGAAUAUCCGAAGCUCUUGGUCGUGUACUUCGAAUAGAUGGUGAGGAACUUGUCAAGUUCUUGCAGGACAUUCUCGACGCGCUGUUCGCCAUGUUUCAUACUGAGGAUGGCAAUUCCACGGCACAUUCCGGCCUCGUGUUCCAAGUACUUGUGUCCAUCUUUAGUCUAUUAGAGGACUCCAAGUUCGAGCACUUCAAGCCGGUGAUGGACGCUUACAUCUCGGAUCAUUUCGCCGCAGCUUUGGUGUACAAGGGUCUUCUUAGCAGUGUGCAACAUUGUGCCGAUUGGGUAACCGCGGCGGAGAAGCAGGAGCCGAUCAUGAAAUGCUUUCGCUCGCUCGAAUAUAUUUUCAAGUUCAUUAUCCAGAGUCGACUACUAUUCGCCCGUGCUACCGCUGGCCAAUAUGAGGACAGCUUUAAGCGCGAUUUGUAUUGCGUGUUCGCGGCCCUCAAUAAGAUGCUAAGUAUUCCAUAUGAGAUGGUACUCUUGUCGCAAAUCGCGCUAUUGCUGUCAAUUGCGGCGGUGUUUGAGCAGUUGGUGGCGGUGCUACCGGUUCUCGAGGUGGCCAAGCUCACUUGCACAAUGCUAGACUCGGUACCACGUGAACCCCCGCUUCAGCUCGCGCAAGCCAAGUUGGUCGCUAUCAAGAAUCUCACGACGUCCACCUUGUUCUGCAAGGAUGACGAGAGCCGAAACCUCUUGCUUGUUACUAUAUGUCGACAUUUACGCAUCCAUCUGGCUCGCAGGGAGGAAUUACGAUCUUGCACUGAUAUCUUGGGCGAAAUACUUAGCUUCCUGCAUAAGCGCGGCAGAGACACGAAUAAGGUUAACAAUUGUAUCCACCACGACGUCGAGACGCUCUGCCUGUCGGUGCUCGACGUGCUUAUACAAACAAUACUGAUCGUGAUAAACGCCAGUGGACCGGUUCUCGGUUGUCUUGUGGCCUGCCUGAUCGGAUUGCUCCAGCUACUUGACGAGUAUCAUUACGCGCGACUCUGGGAAGAACUGACGCACGGAUCCAGCGAUCGAAAACCACUCAAGGAUUUUUUGCUACGGGCGUUCCUAGUGCUACGCGACCUCGUGCGCCAAGAGGUAUUUCCGCCGGACUGGUUAGUCAUCCGGAUGCAGGCCAACAAUGUUAUUCUAAGAUCGCUGCAGGAGCUCGCGCAGCCGCUCGCUUUUCGCUUUCUUCAUGGCAGCUUCGACUCGCAACUCUGGUCCACGUACUUUAACUUGGCGGUGGCUUAUCUCACUCAGCCAUCUCUCCAGCUCGAACAGUUUUCUGAGGUCAAGCGAGAGAAGAUUGUGGAGAAGUACGGCGACAUGAGAGUACUCAUGGGCUUCCAGAUAUUAUCCAUGUGGUCGCAUCUGGGCGAACGUAAACUCGAAUUUAUACCGGGUAUGGUCGGACCCUUCCUAGAAGUUACUUUGGUACCGGAGAGUGAACUUCGUAAGGCAACCUUGCAUAUCUUCUUCGACAUGAUGGAGUGCGAGCAGCGAACUCGCGGCAGCUUCAAAUCGGUGGAGUCUGAGUUGAUCGACAAACUGGAUAUUCUUAUCAGCGAGAACAAGGGCGACGAUGAGUACAGACAAUUGUUUAACACUAUGGAACACCUUAGCGCUGUAUUAUUAGAUAGGGUACAGUCCGAGGAUCCGGCUUGGAAGGACAGCGGCACUGCCUUCAUAACAUCCAUCACGCGUUUAUUGGAAAGGCUUCUCGACUACAGAAGCGUCAUUCAAGGUGACGAGAAUCGUGAUAAGCGUAUGUCGUGCACCGUAAAUUUAUUGAACUUUUAUAAGAAUGAGUUCAACCGCAAGGAGAUGUAUCUGCGCUACAUCUACAAGUUACACGAUCUGCACUUGGCUGCUGAGAAUUAUACGGAAGCCGGCUUCACGAUGAAGUUAUACGCCGAUCAGCUAGGCUGGGGCUCCACUGUCUUGCCGCCGGAUCAUGCUCAUCCUCAACAGCCGGAGUGGCAGCGAAAAGAGCUACUCUAUCAUAAGAUCAUCCAUUAUCUCGAUCGUGGCAAGUGUUGGGAAAAAGGAAUCCCUCUAUGCAAGGAAUUGGCAAUCCUCUACGAGACCAGAUUGUACGAUUAUGCCAAGCUCAGUCAUGUGUUGAAGCUGCAGGCCAAGUUCCUAGAUAACAUCCUGACGCAGCUGCGUCCAGAACCGGAGUACUUCCGCGUCGGAUUUUAUGGCCUCAGCUUUCCGCUCUUUGUUAGAAAUAAAUUAUUCAUCUAUCGUGGUUUGGAAUAUGAACGUAUAGGAGCGUUCACGCAGCGAUUACAAACCGAGUUUCCUUGCGCUCAGAUAUUGAUGAAGAACUCUCCACCGGAUGAGAGCAUCUUGACAUCUGAGGGUCAAUAUAUUCAAAUUUGCAACGUGAAACCAAUUCCCGAAGAAAGCAGCCUAGCUUGUAGCAGCGCUGAAGUUCCAGAACGCGUGGUCGCUUUUUAUUUGGUAAACGACGUACGUAAAUUCACGUUCGAUCGACCGUUGCAUCGUGGCCCGGUGGACCGUGAGAAUGAGUUUAAGUCAUUGUGGAUCGAGAGGACGACGCUGACGACGGAGGCAAAGCUACCGGGGAUUCUUAGAUGGUUCGAGGUGAUUGAGAAGCGAUCGGAGCUAAUGGCGCCAGUACAAUACGCCUGUGAAACUAUGCAAAGUGUGGAGAGGGAAUUGAGGCGGCUGGUAGCGCAAUAUACUGCCGAGCCGCACAGGAAUAUUAAUCCAUUCAGCAUGCGACUGCAGGGUAUCAUUGACGCCAAUGUGAUGGGUGGUAUCACCAAGUAUCAGGAAGCCUUUCUCACAUCGGAGUUUGCACGGCAGAAUCCCGAGAUGGUGCCGCACGUAAACAGACUCAAGGGAUUGAUCUUGGAUCAGAUGAGCGUGCUCGAAUCUGGUCUAAUGUUGCAUGGCCAGAUCGCACCGGCUGGCGUCCAGCCACUGCACAAGAGAUUAAUCGAGAGGUUCACGCAACUUAAACAAGGCCUCGGUCCGUUAGCCAGGCAAAGGACCAUUCAUCAAGACAGCAUCGUCAAUUCGCCCCUACCACCUCUGCCGAUCAACGACAAACAGCGCCCGGCUACUCUAGAGACUGCCGGCUCCAGGAUAUCGCAUGCCGACAGCGAUGGUCUUCCAGAGGACGAGGGCUUUUACACCAAGGUGGAUGGUGUUCCACCGCCUAUUCCGCAGCGAGAGGUUCGUCCGCGUUCCGUUGGCUAUGGUACAACACCGCCCAGACCUACGCAUCAAAGGUCUCUCAGUAAACCAUUGAGUCCGAAACUGCCACUGAGACAUUCUUUGCCUACUCCUACCGAUGGCGCGGAUCAAGGCGGUCUCAGAAGCUCUUGGAGCGAACCUGGACCUGAGCCCGCUCCGCCGCUACCACCCAGAGGUUGCACGCCAGACAAGAGAGACUCGAACACGAAUACUGCGGUGCCGCCGGCACCACCGAAACGCGGAUUAGCAUAUAAACGCACAAACACAGAAUGGAGCACGGACGACGACUCCGAAAUCACAGAACCGAAAAACGAUUUGCGCGACAGUGGCAUAUCCACCACCAGUUUGCUGGAUUUUCAAUCGCAUUUGAUAAAUCUGAAUAACCUCGGCUACGAAGAUUUUGAACCGCGUUCCCGAUCCAACGACAUCAUGAACAUCUCUCCGCCGUCUGUAAUAAGCGCGCUCAACGUCUCCACCGGCAACUUCGCCAGUGGCACAUUCCAGAGCUCGCAUUCUCUUCCCGGUCAAGAGGUAAGUCCUCCACCUAUACCUCCCAAAGUCCAUCAGGACACUCCCUCGGCCCCCUCGACUCUGGAGAGAGUGUCCAACAGAACGCAGAGUCAUGGUCAUUCGGAGAACUAUUCCGUGCCGAAAAUGCAGACGCUUUCCGUGGCAUCCGAUACGGAGAGCACCGUGUAACGACGAUAUAUAUUGCUAGUCCCUAGCGAUUAUUUAGUCCUUAGUGAUUGUAUAUGUGCCAUUAUGCGCGAAUCUUGUAUCCAAUUUGUCCCUCGAAUUGUCGGGCGGAUUUUCUUAGACAGUAACUUAAGAUAAAAAGUAUCAUCGUUGUCGUCGUCGUGUUUAACGGGUAAACGUGAAGAGAAUCUCUCAGAAAACCUUAAUAUCUGCACAUCAUCCCGUACGUAGCCAAUAACGAAUCUUAAAUCAGGUCGUCAGACAAAUCAAAUCAUCCUCCGAACGAAACGUAUUCGACGUAUAUUCGUACCUUAAUCGCUUCCCUGACGCGGCCGAGUUUACUGGUCCCGGCUAGUUUUACAAAUUUUGACGCGAUUAUCUCGUUCUAUCCAAUGAUAUAUUUUAUUUAAUAACCACCUAUGACUAUAAUCAAAAAAUGUAAUAAAAAAAUGUGAAAACUUUUUGUCACAUUUCUUGAAAAAAAUCCGUCAAGAAAGGGGUUAAAGAGUUAACUAGAGAAAAAUAAAUAAAUACGUGCAAUAAUCGCUCUUGAACAUUGAGAACGUCCAGCAAGAAGCUUCUCGACAAGAAAGUUUUUGACUCAUCUGGACAUGAUCGGCGAUCGAACCGCGACAUGUAUGCGUCAUAUAUCAACUUUACUUUAAAGACCGCUCUUCCGAGUAUAUCGAUCCACACACUGUGAAUAUUAUAUAUAUUUUGUAAGUUAUUUAUAUUUUCGAUGAGAAAAAAAUAAAGGUAAUUUUUAAAUCAACGACAACUGCUGCGGAUUGUGUGGAAUGAUAUUGUUAGCUUCCGGAUGCUGAGGAAGAAAACAAAUUCCAUCUUGCUGAAGGGUAUAUAAAUUAUGUAUUUUGUCACAGUUCGUUUUCCUCUUUGUCUUAUAUGAGUAUAUAUAUACAAAAGUAUGAAAAAAACUGCGCUGCACAAUUGACAUGCUUCGACUUACACUAUGUUUUUUCUCCUUCUUCUUCUUCUUCAUGGCAUGUAAAAUAAAGAGAGAAAAAUUGUAAACUUCUAUAUAAAAAAAGGAAAAUGGACGCAAAUGUAGAACCUAAAAUUAUACAUACGCACAUGUAUAUGAAAGAGAGGAUAGAGGCAGUGGAAUGUGUACAUUGCACAAUACCGAAUUCGAGAAAAGAUAGAAUGAUACUAACGAGUAUAAUGAUUGAUUAGAGAUCAUUUUCGUUCUCCGUAUCUUUCUCCAAACGUCAUUGCCGAUUAAUAGCAAUUAGAUCGUUCGCCGAGAAAAAUCAAAGAUUCGUAAAUCACCAAGUCGCUUCUUAAUACAAAGUAAACAAUAAGCGCCAAAAUUUUUUAUAUCGGAUCGAUCGGAAUAAUUGAACGCAUUCGCUGCACGCACGAGGUAAGCCAUAAUUGAGUGUAACUCGCGAUGUGUUUUCUUAAACACAAAGUUUUAAGUUACUUUUAGUUACACGAGAUUGUAACUAAAAUAAAAAUUUAGAAAUUAUCAACUUUUACUACCUCUUGCAUAGUUUUGCACCGAAUCCUUCAAUUGCGUAACCAUGAAUAGACGUCACAUCGAUAUUUUCCAAUGAUGCAAACGAUAAUUGUCGAUAAUAUUCAUUUUUAAUGACAUCCAUUAAACAAAUAAUUAUAUGAACGACAUCGCAUCGUUUGCUGUCAAAUCAUUGAAAGAUACUCCAACAUGCGACAUUUAUCUCUCCGAUAGAUUACUGCGGCCAACCCAUCCGUAUGCGAUAUAUGAACGAGCACUCGCAAAUAUACGCUAAUUAAUAUGGCUAAUUAUAUAAGUCAUGGCUGCUUUUUUUAAAAUAUAUAUAUAUCGACGAUCGUUCGAGUCUUUAUUGCGCGCUGUGGACACUUAAGCUAGGCGUAAGCUAAAUUACUUUGUACGUUGUUCUCGUUUGUGUGGUACGGACCUAUCAAACGGACGUUUCCGCAUUAGUAUCCUUCCUGCAACACAACGAUAAUCACGAUUAUUGCGGCUCGCGAUCGCGAGAGAUACGGAGAAAAUUAGCGAUAGAGACAAUCGUUGCGAUUUACAGGCGUUUGCCAUAAAUGCUUACCUCUUCGCUGAUGAUUCAAUAGCCGUAGAUAGGGCAAGCACGGAUCACAGAAAAGAUACAGUUAUAUUAGAAUGUUCCACCACCUUUCGUGUGCAAACAGCAAGAGAAAAUGGAAAACCAAAGACACCAGAAUGAAUUAAUUAAAAAACGAGCGUUAUGAAAAAAAAAUUGCGCUAAAAAAAUCCGCUACAACUUAAGUAUGUUAUAAAUCGCCGCCGAUCCUUUCUAUAUACGUUGGAUACGAUGUGACGUAUUUGUAUUGUCUUUUUGUAAAUUAUUUUAUAUCUCAGUAAGAAAAGUAGAAACUUCUCUCUCGGAUAUAAUCGUUUAUAUAAAGGUUUCUAUUUUUAUUCGAA